GGGCAAGAGACUGUCAUUGGCUAGACGGACUUCGGUGCAAAGCCAUGGCCGCAACAGAUGAGACAGGAGAUUUGCGCUUCCGAGGGAAGCAGCCCGGGGAAGCCGCUGACGAUGCUAGUCGUGGAUUUCAGAAGACAGAGUCGGGCUUGCAAUACAAGGUCGUGAAGAGCAAUCCCUCCGGAGAGAGGCCUGGUCCCAACACCACUUGCAAGUGCCAUUACCGUGGCACCUUGGCAGAUGGCACGGAGUUCGACAGCUCGUAUGACAGAGGCCCCAUGCAGUUCAGGCCAGACCAGGUGGUCCCCGGCUGGUCGGAAGCCUUGCAGCUCAUGCGCCAGGGGGAGAGGUGGGAGAUCAUCUUGCCCAGCCACCUUGCCUACGGUGAAAGAGGAGUCGGGCCAAUUCCACCGAACGCCACACUGAACUUCGACUUGGAGCUCUUGGAGGUCGGAGGCGACUCAGGUGGAUCCUUCAUUUCGAUGAUGACCUUGGGAGCCUUGCUGCUGGUGGGUUUGCUGGGCUUCCUCGCCAUUUGGCUCACCGGGAGCAAAGGGCUUCCAGCGGGCCCCGUGCUGCCGCUGGCCAAUGUGCUUCAUGCAAAGGGAAAUCCUCAUGUUUUCCUAGAGGUAGAGGCCGCGGGGCAGGCGCUGGGCCGGAUCGAGAUGGAGCUCUUUCAGGACGUCGCCCCGAUGGCGGUGGAGAACUUCCGCGCGCUUUGUACCGGCGAGAAAGGUGUUGGCCUCGCGAAUUCACCGCGGCAUUUCAAGGGCUCACCCUUUCACAGGAUUAUCCCUGGUUUCAUGGCACAAGGUGGCGACAUCACCCAUGGCAAUGGACGAGGAGGCGAGAGCAUCUAUGGCAAGACCUUCCGUGACGAAUGGGAGCAUGGCAUUGUCCACCAUACCGAGCCGGGCUUGUUGUCGAUGGCCAAUCGCGGCCGCAAUACCAACGGCUCCCAGUUCUUCAUCACUUUGGCUGCAACGCCUUGGCUGAACGGAAAGCAUGUGGUCUUCGGGCGUGUCACGUUCGGUAUGGAUGUUGUUCGAGAGAUGGAGAAGCGCGGCUCGAGGAGCGGGACUCCCAGCGAAGAGAUCAGGAUUGUGCAGAGCGGCGAGCUCGGGCCAGAUGGGAAGAUCUUGGAGCCAAAGGUUGCUUCCACCAAUGAAAGUGGGGAGAGCGGUUGAUGUGCGAG